AUGAAAGCAGAGGGACUUCAAUGGGGCGCUCAUAUUGCUAUCAAGAAACUUGGAUGCUUUCAAUUGGAGAAGCGAGUUACAAAUGAGACUACACACAUUAUAACGACAGACCCGAAACGUACAUUGAAUCUGUUGCGUGGAUUGGUGCGUGGCCUUUGGAUACUGAAAUAUGAUUGGAUAAAUGAAUCAUUAAAUGCUGGUAAAUGGCUGUACGAGGAACCAUUUGAAAUACACGAAUUUUCAAGAGCUAUUAAGAUCUGUCGUGCAGAACGACAAGCAUUUGGUAAAAAGUAUAGAAGCGAACUGUUUUCAGAACUGGAACCAUUUUUUGUGUCAUCGGAAUGUCAUAAUAUAUCUAAAGAUGAUUUGGAAGAGUUAAUUGAGUUAGGAGGCGGCAGAGUCGUCCAACAUCGAAAGCAAGCAAAAUACAUUGUGUGCGACAAGAAGAGCAACAAAGAAAAUAAAAUUCACGUGACAUAUUUUUGGGUGUUGGACAGUUUGACUCAAAUGGAAUUACGUAGAAUACACCCCUAUUCACCGAAGGGUUGUGAACUGGAAUUAGUAGCCCCUCAAGAAAUGCCAAAAUCAUAUGAUGAUAGUAAAAGCGUUCACUAUAACCCCAAUAUCAAUCCAAGGAAUGUUUAAUAUAAAUUGUAUUAAAAUUGUUCUUAAGAAUUUCCAUGUGCAAAAAUAUAUUGUUUAACGAUUUUAUCCGAAGAAUUGUAUAUUUUUAUCAUUUCAUUACAAAUAUUGCACGGAAGACCUAUUUUCAUUCAACUUUUUUCGAAUUAUGUCAUGCUAUAUAUAUUUGUAAUCAAUUUUAAUAUUAUUAUUGUGAGUCAUAUGCAUUUCAGUUUCUUGUGAAACAGAAACUAACCAUUUGUUGCUAAUUAAUUUUGGUAAACCGUUGAAUGUUUAUAU